AAUUCAAAUGAUUUCAAGACAAAUAUAUCAAAAUAAAAGAUAUUUUAAUCCUUUCCUGCAAUAUCGAUAUCGUAUUUGAACCUAUUUUCUUUAUAAUCGUUUUUAAAGCGACAAAAUGAAGGGUUCAGUGGUCCCUGAUGAGGGAAACCAGGUAAAGAAAACCGUGAAAAUAAAAGAAGAUGUGCUGGAAUUAAGUGGAAAAGGAUUACAAAACAUGAACAGCUUACCAAAGCGUCACUCAAUAUGUGACUUAAUUCUGGAUAAUAACAGUAUUACAAAAAUUGAAAAAUUGGAUAUUUUUCCUAAACUGACUGUGUUGUCAAUGAAGAGCAAUCGUUUGGUUAGGAUGAAUGGUGUGAACUUUGGGAAAAACUUGGUAUCAGUUAACUUGUCAAACAAUGGUAUUGUGUCAAUGGAAGGUUUAUGUUGGUUGGUUCACUUAGAAUAUCUUGAUUUAUCAAAAAAUAAUAUUAAGCGCAUUCAAAAUGUUUCCUAUUGUUCCAAGUUGAAACACAUGAACCUAUCUGAAAACAGCAUCACAAACAUAUCCAACUUGAAAAAUCUCACAGAGUUGAAGGUCCUUCUUUUGCAUGGUAAUUCUAUCACAACACUAGAAAGAGCUGGGGAGAAUUUACCAGAGCAAAUUGAAACACUUUCUUUUUCUGGAAAUGGCAUAGCUGACCUUAAUGAGCUUUGCCAUUUGUCAUGUCUCUUCACAUUGAAGAACUUUUCCAUCCAGGAUAAUCCUUGUGUUAUGACAACAUCUUCCCUGCCUGAAUUUGACUUCAGACCAUUUGUCCUAUCAACUUUGCCAUCUUUACUAACACUGGAUGAUGGUGACGUGACAGAUGAUGAAAGGAAAAGUGCGGAAAGGUUGAGUCAGGAUGAGAACUUCUCAUUGUUCACAUUUGGAUAUCAUUUGCAGCUGGUUCUUUACUUGAGUAAAGUCACUCCUUUGAAUGAUACUGAUGAGGUUAACAAAGAUCAUAUUGACAUUUUGGACGAAUUCUUGCAAAAACGACGAACGGAAACAGACCAGAAGAACACGGAGAUUACAAGAAACAGGGCUGAUAUAAAAGCGAGCGACACCCUGGACUCCUCCAGUUAUUCAGUUCGGGAAUACUCAGAGAAUACUCAAAAUGGAAGUAGAGAUUCCUAUGACGAGGAUACUGAGACUGACACGUUGUGUUCUGAGUCCAGGUUUCUUCCAGUCUACUCUCCUCUAAAGACAUCUCAUGAAAUCGAUCAUCAUAGUAAGAAAAUGAACAUCAAACAUCCCUGUGUUAAAGCACGAGAUAAUAAACUUCUUUCAUAUUUUUAA